AUGCUCUCUAUGUAAAAUAUAGAAGACACAACGUCACUUAAUUGGAUAUCAAGUGAUGAAGAAGAAUAUUUAGAAAGCUCUUUAAAAAGUCCAAUAAUCAAUUAGAAAGUUCAAGAAAUUAAAUAACAAGUUCUUGAUUAAUGUGAAGUGGAGGUUCCUAUUGAUUAAAUUUCCAUAGAGAUAUCUUUCAAAAGACAUAUAAAUUAAAGAAUUAAUGACACUGCUGUUUUGCAACAUCGUGCAGAUGAAAUCACUUAAAAAAUAAUGAAGAAUGUUAAGGGUCCAUUUUAAAGAGAUUAUUUAAAAGAAAUAGUAUCUAUAUCAAAGAAAAGAUUUAAAGUGGAUGAUUUUAAUUUGGAUUUAACUUUUAAAUAAAUAAUAACUAAUCCAGAUAUUGAAGAUAAUUUAAUUGCUAUGGGUAUUCCUACAGAAAUUUUUGAAGCUAUUUAUAGGAAUCCUAUGUCAGAAGUGUAAAAAAUUCUUAAAUACACAUCAUCAUAAUAAUUAUAUGGUCAUUAAUUAGUAAAUUUAGAUUGCUACUUAGAUGUUCAGAAAGAAAAUAUAAGCAUGAAUAUUUUUAUAAAAUGGCAGAAUUUCCUUUUGAAGAUCAUUAAGCACUACCUUUUAAUUUAAUAGUAGAUUUCUGUACUAUUGUUGCAUAAUUGGUUUUUAUCUAAACCCAAAAAUGUUAUUGCUGUACAUUGUAAGGCUGGUAAGGGAAGAACAGGAAUGAUGAUAUGUUGUUAUUUACUAUAUAGUGGUAAGUACAUUUCAAGCAAAAAUGCAAAAACUUAUUAUGGAAUUAUUCAUGCUAUAAAUUAAAAAGGAGUAACAAUCCCAAGUUAGAUUAGAUAUGUUCAUUAUUUUAGUUUUGCUUUUAAAAAAUGAUUUAAUAAAUAGACCAUUUCAGUAGGUAGAAUUACUUUCAAUUCGUUAGGUUGGUUCAAUUAAUGGAACAUUGAUUAGAUUAUAGAAUAAUAACAAAUAAUUAAUAGAAAAAGUAUAGAUUAUAUCAGAGAAGGAAGUUCUCUUCACUUUUGA